AUGUCUGUGAGAGGUCCCAACCCCGCUCCCAGCCGCUCUGGGUAUUCCAUUGCCCUUCAGCUCCUUACCGAACUUCCCACCGUCCCAGUGGCGGUGGGGGCCUCCGUGGCGCUGGCGGCGACGGCCCUCGCGCUUUACAUCUCCACCGGCUCCCCCCGCUGGAAGGGCGCACCGGGUCUCUCUAAAGAAACAACAAAAAAAAGAAAUAUCGCAUCUAAACAGUGUAGUGAUCCCUCCCAUACAACAGUGAUCACGACGGUGUGUACAUCCACCAAAACACCAUGGGCCACAAGUAAAGAGGAAACAACAACACCAUCGGAGAUGGGACAGGAAGUGAUGGCACUUUUUGCUGUGGAUGUUGUGGAUUAUGUGAAUUCCCCAUGUACCUCACCUUGUGGUUGUAAUUGUCGACAUUAUCAAAUGCAUCAUUCUACAUCUUCUCAACAACAUUAUAGUAAUAAUGUUUGUGAACAUACUGUAGUAACAGGACGAGGAACAUUAAGUCCAACAUCUUGUGGGAGUAGAUCUUCUUCACUUAAGAGGACAUUAAGUGAACAUCUUAGUAAUAAUAGCAGUGCGAAUACACCAACAGUACUUCUUUCUACUUGUCCUUCUAGACAUGGUGUGGGAUUACUAACUUUACCUGAAAUGAGUAGUUCUGUUCAUAAUGAGAUUGAAUGUGAAGUAAGUAAUAAUGCGUUAGAUUGGAAUUCCUUACCAUCUAUGAAUUCUGUAGUCUCUGCUGGGGUUCCUGAUAUGACAGCAACUGGUAGUGAUAUGUUAAAUGAAUAUUUCCCAGACUCCUUUGGAGAUGCUGGGGGAUGUAGUAGUACUCAAAUGCCAUUAAACUCAUAUGAGGAAUAUAAACCACCACUACGUGGAUAUGACUGGAAACGACAAUUAGGAGAAACUGAAAAUGUGCCUUGGGGAAAAUUAAGACAAACACUUUCACAUUUAGUGGGAGCCGCUAGUUUAAGAUAUUCACCAAAUAUAGAAUCUCUUAGUGGUUUUAACUUUACAGAGAGUGAACAAAGAAGGGAAUUAUCAUUUACUACUACUUGUAUACGUAGAGCUCCUCUUCAUAUUAAGAAAGAUGACUUGUAUACAGAUAGAAGAGGAUUAUUAAAUACAUCAGAAAAUGCAAAUAAGACAGAUCUUAUCAUGGAUCACCAUAAUAAUGAUAAUAAUGAUAAUGAGAAUAAUGAUGAUUCCUAUACUAUAGAGAAUAAUAAUACUUCUUCUCCGUAUAUAUGUGGAGUGUUGAGUAGUGAAUAUCAGGAUGAAAAUAGACGAGAUGUAUAUCAUAAACGACCACCGCAGCUGGAGGCACAAUUGCGAAGUCUUGAAGUUAGACUUGAACAACAAUUGCGAAGUUCAGUAGGACGAUGUCCUUCAGAAACAACUACCACAGCUCCAGCCAAUACGAAAUCAAACACUGCGGUAAUAGAAUCUACUUCAUUAUCAGGUAGUGUUGAAUGUAUCUCAUCUCCACAUAUACUGGAUGUUCCAUCAGGAGGUGAAUUGGCAAGUAUAUCGCCUAGAGAAUCGGAUAAUGUCUGUUCAUUAACCUUAGAAGAUGCAUCUUUACAGUUAAAUCGACAAACCCCAACUAUGAUGACGACUGCUAAAGAAAUCAUUACUACUAAUACUAAUACUACUAAUACUACUACUACUAAUACUAUUAUACCACAACCACAACCACAACAACGAGAUCGUCGUGUAGAUGAUGUAUUUGUGCGGCACCGUACAGAAGAUGGAGCUUCUUAUUCACUUUCAUUAACAUAUCAUGAUGCCCAUGGUUCUUCACGUACUAUUGAUACUCACCCUUUACCACCAUUGAAGUUUUCACCACGUUCUGGAGUUGUAACUCCUUCUAGUACAGUUAUGACGAAUGUUUCUACUUCACGUUGGCAGACUCCAACACCUCUUAGUUCACAAGAAAGUGGUCAAAGCUCCUGUUGUCCGUUAAAUACGAUGCGAUAUGAAAAUACAAAGAUAUGUACCACACGUAGUAAUAAUGGAAAUAGCAGUAGUGUAGUUGUUAGUAGUAGAGGUAGUAGUAGUAAUAGUAGUAGUAGUUGUAAUAGAACGCAUCUCGUUGCCCCACUUCCAUUGUUGGAAUCCACAACAGGACCUCGUUUACAAGGAGUUGCGGGUAGACGUGGGGAAUUACGUAUAGGUGCUUUCUUAGGAGGAGGAUGGUGUGGAAAAGUUUAUGAAUGUCUAAACACAGAAACAGGAGAAGUUCUUGCAGCGAAACAAUUAAUGUUUGAUUCCAAAGAUCCAAAAUUACGUCAUCGAUUAAAACAAUUAGAAUUAGAAUUGGAAGUAUUAACAAUGUCUAAUCGUCAUCGUAUGCCGUGGAUUGUUGGUUUUCAUGGAACUGAAAAACGUGGACACUCUGUUCUUAUGUAUUUGGAAUAUUGUGCAAGAGGAUCUUUACUGGAUUAUAUGAUGAGUCAUGGAAUACCACAACCACCAAUAGUUUCUUCUACUGCUGUAUCUUCGGUUGUUGUUGUUAGUGGAAGAAGUGGAAGUGGAAGUGGAGGAAGUGGGACUGUGAAUAAUGAAUAUGUAUCUCAGCAGAAAAAAGAAUUUCAACAACAACAAGAAGAAGAAGAACAACAACAACACGAAGGAGAAGUAAAGGUUAAUAAGGAAGGAGAUUUAGAGAAAACCAAUGUGAAUAGUUCUUUUUCACAAUCGAGUUCAACAUCCAAGUUACGUGUAGAUAAUAAAUCUUCGGAAAUGCCAGUUCUUCCUUUACAUGAGAUCCAACGCUUUACUCUACAGACAGUAGAGGCAUUAAAUUUUCUUCAUGUUCACGGAUAUGUGCAUUUAGAUGUGAAAACAGCUAAUAUUCUCGUAACGGAGAAUGGAGAUGCUCGACUGGCAGACUUUGGGUGUUCAAUGCGUCUAAAAAAGCCUGUGGCUCCUUCCUUAAGUGAGAACCAAACAGCACAGCAUCCAUUAAAUGGAACAGAUGAGAAUACCACUUCCUCUAAUGCUGCCUUUAAUAAUAAUAAUAAUAAUAAUAAUAAUCAUAAGAAUAGUAGUAGUAAUAGUAAUAAUAGUACAGAGUGUAAAGAGGCCCCAGCAGCAACAGCAACAACACCAGUGCCAUUUCAAAUUCUCGCAGAGGAUAAUGAUAUUACGGAAUUGCGGGGAACGGCUGUUUAUAUGGCCCCUGAGAUGAUUCGCUUUGAACGUCAACGCAUUGGAACCGCAGGGGAUGUGUGGUCACUGGGAUGUGUCGUGAUGGAACUCGCAACUGGGGCCGCCCCGUGGAGACAUGUAGCGAAGGAUAAGUUAAGAGUUCUCUUUCGAAUGGCAUCCGCGAGGGAAAAUCUCCCACUACCACCUAUUAUUGUACACACCGCAGAAAAGGCAAGGCAAUGGUUAUCACUUCACAUGGAUGGAGCUACGGCUAAUCCUUCGGAUCCUGCUGCUUUUACGUCUGUUCAUAUGCAUAGUAGUAGUAGUAGUAGUAGUGGUAGUAGUUCAGCGAGGGAUGCUGGGAGAGAUGAUGAUAAUAGUAAUAGUGAUGAUGAGAUUGGAAGAAGAGGAAGAACAAUAACAAUAACAGAAGCAGCAGCAGCAGCAAGAGAAGAAGAAGAAAGCGAAGAAGAAAAAGUAGGAGAAAAACGAAGACGUCUGGAGAGCACACUAGAUGAGACAGAGAGUGAAGUUUCUCUGAUGGAUCCCAUUUCACAUGAUACCACAACGAAAGGGGAGUUACACCGGCGGAUGCUUCUUCGUGUGGCGUUGGAGAAUUUUCUCUCACUUUGCCUGCGAGUACAUCCGGAGGAUCGACCAAGUUGUGAAGAGUUGCUGCGUCAUCCUUUUCUCACUAUCCACUAA